AUGACCUACUUUGACCCCAAUCUCCUCACUGAGAUCACCGUUGAUGCAAGUCCAUUUGGACUUGGCUGCAUUCUCUCACAGCGUGACAACAACAACGUUCACAUAGUGGCAUACGCAAGUCGUGCUUUGACUGAUGUCGAGUCACGAUACUCUCAAACCGAGCGAGAAGCUCUUGCCGUCGUCUGGGCGUGUGAACAUUUCAACCUGUACUUACUUGGUCAACACUUCACAGUAAUCUCUGACCACAAACCCCUUGAAGGAAUCUUCAACAGCACAACAUCCAGAACCUCAGCAAGAAUUGAACGAUGGAAUCUCAGACUCCAACCUUACGACUUCACCCUACGCUACCAGCCAGGAGAGAAUAAUCCAGAUGACUUCCUCAGCAGACACCCUUUUGAGAAAAACAACAUGACCUCCUUUCAUAUGGCUAAAAUCGCAGACGACUAUGUCAACUUCAUGGCCGGUCAUUCAGUCCCUAAAGCCAUGACUCUGGAAGAAAUUGCCAGCGCAUCAGAAAGCGAUCCAACACUCCAAGCAGUCAUCACAUCUGUUCAAACAGAUCAUUGGCACACGCUGCCUGAAAUCACUGUAGAUGCUGCCAGUUACCAAGUCUUCAAAACUGUUCGUGAAGAACUCUCUGUUCACAAAGACGGAACAAUUUUACUGCGUGGCACACAAAUCGUUAUCCCUAGAUCAUUGCAACAGCAUGUCAUCAACAUUGCUCAUGAAGGACAUCAAGGCAUCGUUAAGACUAAACAACUCCUGCGUGAAAAAGUUUGGUUUCCCCACAUUGAUCGUCAAGUGGAGAACACCGUCAAAUCAUGUCUAGCAUGCCUGUCAACAAUUCCAGAACACCAUUCUGAACCACAAAGAAUGACUCCUUUGCCAACGAAACCUUGGUCUGAAGUUAGUAUCGACUUCUGUGGACCAUUCCCUUCUGGUGACUAUCUACUUGUUGUCAUAGAUGACUACUCACGUUUCCCAGAAGUAGAAAUCCUGUCCUCUACCAGUGCAAGAGCCACGAUCCCAAAACUUGACUCCAUCUUCGCUCGUCAUGGUGUCCCACACACCGUCAAGUCUGACAAUGGUCCACCCUUCUCCAGCUACGAAUUCAAACAGUUUGCUUCGCAGCUAGGAUGUAAACACCGCAGAAUAACUCCUCUCUGGCCCCAAGCCAAUGGUGGUGUUGAAAGAUGCAUGCGAAUGCUCAAGAAAACAGUGCAGUCUGCACACAUUGAAGGCAAGCCUUGGAAACAAGAACUAUAUCACUUUUUGAGGAAUUACCGAGCUACCCCCCACAUCAGCACUGGUGUGAGCCCAGCAGAAGCUCUGUUCAAACGGAACAUCAGAGUGAAACUACCUCAGAUAGAUUCACUCAUGAUACCACCAACGACUGACAAUGACAUUCAUCAACAUGACACCAACAAAAAGGGAGCAGCAAAACGGUACGCUGACGAUCGUCGACAUGCCCAAAAUUCCGACAUACAAGUAGGAGACACUGUCCUCGCUCGUCAACCCUACAAAAACAAACUGUCAUCGUUCUAUGACCAUGAUCCGUACCAAGUAACCUCAAAGAAAGGUCCAAUGGUCACCGCCAGUCGCAAUGGCAAAAACAUGACUAGAAACACUUCAUUCUUCAAAAGAGUGCCUGAUACUCUGAAAUCGUCCAACCCAACAAACUCAACAGAGGAAGAAGAGGAGGAUGAGGACAAUAAAGCUUCGAAUGAAACAGCAGACAGUCAAAACCCAACUACUACCAAUGAACCAAUCGCUACUGAACGUCCCCAACGCCACCGUAAGCGUCCUGGAUACCUAAACGACUAUGUGACUAACUCUACUCCGUUCCUAGUUAUGGUUAGUGACUGUGGUACUUUCAAAAUGCUGAAUUACCACCUGCGAUUCUUGGAUACUAUGUUAAAAGAUCAUAAACUGGAGUCAGAGAUUGUUGAGAGUGAGGUUCUUUGA